CAUUCUGCUCAAGAUGGAUGACCUCACUGAGCUCCAUUGGGACACAUGUGUUGUGAAAGGCGGAUUUGGUCUCUGAUCACUGCGUCAGCGCGUUUUAUUGACUCUCACCUGAGCAGAAGACUCGACGCAACUCAGUACUGUCAAAGUUCCUGUCAACAUGUCUGUGAAUGAGACUGAAGAGGACAUUUCAAAACUGGAUCAUCCAGAAGCUUUGGCUCUAGAGCUCACGUGCCCCAUCUGCCUGCAGCUCUUUUCUGAACCAGCUUAUCUUCCAUGUGGUCACAUCUAUUGCUUAGCCUGCCUUCAGACCAUGGGAGAAGGCCUGGACCAACACAGCUGCCCUGAGUGCCAGGCAGAGUACCAGGGCACCAAAGCCCUUGUGAAAAGCUUCAAAAUGUGCAGCAUCAUCGAGACCUACAAAGCCACUACUGGGAAAGUCGAUUCAACUGGCAACCUUUCUGAUGUGGGCAAAGUAACAGCUGGACAGACCCGAGAGGAGAGCUCGGUGUGUAAGGGAAAGCAUGGCUUUCCAUCUGGGUAUGGAUCCACAGAGCUGUCCUUUUCUUUGGAUCAAAAACAAGCUAGGGGCAAAGGCAAGAUGGAAAUGGAUGAACCUAAAUUCAGAAUGGCAUCUCAAGUCACAGAGUUGAGCCUCAAGUUGGAGAUGGCAGAGGGUGUGCAGAGGAAGGAGAAGGAACACGAGUUAGAGGUGACCACUGCUAAUGGUCAGCUGAGAGAGAAAGCUAGCAGACUUUUGGGGCAGAUAACAGAGUUGUCCCAGAGCUACACCACGCAGGUGAUGCAGCUAAUCGAAGAAGAGCUAGGUCCGGGUGAGGCCAGUAUAAGCGGUCGAGUCAGUCAAGCUUCUGAGCUGUCAAAGCAGCUGAGACAUGCUGUGCUCAGAGCGGAGUCCCUUCUGACUGAAGAUGAUGAGGCUGCAUUUAGUGAGGAGCUUCAGACUCUACAACCACACAUUGUGGAGUUAAUGGCCAAGCCGGUGGGAGAAGAGGACGACCACGUUGAAUCAAAAUUCAACUCUGUGCGUGCCUGUCCCAAGCUGGAAAAAAUGAAUGCAGAGCUGAUGGGAAGAAUUGGAGAGAUUCAGCGCUCUCUUAGAAACACCCUCAACCCUUCAGAGGUGACCUUUGACCCAGAAACAGCCCACCCCAACCUUGUCCUCUCAGGGGACAUGAAGACGGUGACUUUCAGUGCUGCCAAACAGCCAUACCCAUCCUCUCCUCAGAGGUUCACCAACUUCCUCCAGGUCCUCAGCACCCAGAGCUUCCAUGAAGGAGAACAUUGCUGGGAGGUGGAGCUCGAAGGUUCUCCGUGGAUCUUUGGUGUGUGCUACAGCGGGAAGCUCGCACGUAGCGGGUUGCCGUCCGCUCUGGAGAGCAGCCGAUACUCCUGGUGUCUGAUGUGGUUCAACAACUUGCUGACAGCCUUUGAGCGCUCUCACGAUGUGCCACUAAAGAGGACCACAGUAUCGCGCAGGCUAGAGAUCAGACUGAGCUUCAAGACCCACAGGCUGAGCUUCUACUACUUGAGCCCCAUCAGCGGAAAGACUCAUGUGUACACAUUUAAGGCUAACCUGACUGAACCAGUGCACCUUGCCUACAGAAUGCUAUCAGGAGAUCCUAAAGGCCGUGUUACUAUUUAUUCAUAAUCAUAACUAUAUUUCUAUCAACCAUAUCCUUAGAAAAUGUAAUACAGAAAGAGAAAAUUAAUAAUAUUUUGAGACUCA